AUGACAGCCAAUAAAGGAGCACUUUUAAAAAGAAGACUAAUCAGAGCAAACAGAGUAAACAAGCAGGUACCAGCAUGGAAGAGACUUAUCCCAGGAAACAAACAGCAUUACAACACUAAAAGAAGACACUUUUUACGUACUAAAUUAAAAUACCAUGAAUAAAUAGUAUGAUGUAGUACAAUAAUGCCUACUGCAUGCAUUGAUGGGAUAUAAUGAAUUCUUUAAAUAAAUGGAUAG